AUGAUUUCAACAAUCGGCACAACAACAAUUCAAGCCACGAACGGCGGGACUCUGUCCACAACUACAGCACCAAACUCGUUAGUCAUGAAUCCUACGUCAAUGUUGGUAGAGAUGAAAAGCUUUAUUCCUUCUUCAUAUACUUUUGAAACAGAAAUCCAGAAGAUAAAGCAAAAACUUUUAACAAGUAAUUUAGACUGUAGUGCGAAAAAUGAAACAAAUGAACAGUAUCUUUAUGAAAUGGAGGACCUCAUCGACCAUUUGCCUAAACUACCUGAAAUUCAGCAGCAAAAACUAACUAUUCCUGAAUUCGACGAAAUUGAAGUCAAAGCAACUGACUCAGUAGAAAUUAAGAAAUUCAUACGUAAAGUAAAUUAUGAAUUCCUUGGUUUUCAUUGCAACCAUAAAGUUAUGGACAAAGAUUGCGACAUGGUUUAUAAAAAUAUUUCUGACCUUUACAAAUCCGAAGAAUUUAAGACAUACGAUAACUUUGUUUCAUUAGUUGCAAAAUGUGUAUGGCAGAUAAGAGAUAAAGAUAGAAGAGGUAAGGUAUGGAAUGAACAGAUAAAACCAGCAGCUUUUGAGUUAAAGAAAACCAUUGACGCCUUAGUUGUUCUAGCUGGUUUUAUUUCAAUGUAUAACGCAAAAACGAUGCCGCAAUGUUCAAAAUGUAAAGCAGCAAUAAGAAAAUAUAACUACUCA